AGGUUCCCGCGAGACUCAGCCUGGCUGGGGGCGUCGUCCAUCAGGGACCCACCGCCGUCUCCCUCGUCUCUGCUGCAGAGGGAGCCGCGAGUGACCCUAGACCUGCGGGCUCUGCCGCGCUGCGGGCGCCGCGCGGGUGAGAAGGGGGAUCCCAGCAACCUCCGGAAAAGCGAAGGGGUUUCCUGGGCGUUCUCUCCACUUGAAAAGGUGCCUUAAAGACUCUCUGGAUGGGAUGGGUGAACGGUGGCGCCUGGAAAAGAGCCCUCCAAGCAUCCCUGGAGGCAGGCGUUUGGCGGUGUGAGCUGACAGGAGAGCACCCGACGCGGUAGGAAAUAGAUGCAAAGAGCAGAUUGCAGGGUAAGGCCGCCCGAAUGGGGGCCAGGGGACCUGGGGAGCAGUGGUAGGCGGAAGGGAGCGUUUCCACCGACAAGUGGCAGCAGCUGCAAUCGCUUGCAGCCCUGAAGAACUACCUUGGCCUGUGGCUGAAAUGAACUCAUAUCUACUGGAUUUAGUUGUCAGCUAAGCACUGGCUAUGAUUGUGGGCUCAGGCCGUAUUUCUUUGGAAGAUGAACCGUCCGCAUGCUUUAAGUACCUCCUGAAACUUAAAUUGGACUGUGUACACUCCUCACAUACCUAGCUAUCUCUUCUCUUCUGUCACCCCGUGUCGCCGGGUAAAUUGGUCAUGACGGUGUAACGUAAAGAAGAAAACGUAUGUCAAAAUGAGAGAGUUUUAUAGGAGAUGUUAGAAGCUCUCAAGGCACUUUCAACCUUUUUUGUUGAAAAUACUCUGCGGACUCGAAGAAAUUUACGUGGAGAUAUUGAACGUAAAAGUUUAGCCAUCAAUGAAGAAUUUGUAAGCAUUUUCAAGGAAGUGAAGGAGGAGCUUGAAAGCAUAAGUGAAGAUGUUCAAGCAAUGAGCAGCUGUUGUCAAGAUAUGACAAGUCGCCUGCAGGCAGCAAAGGAACAGACUCAAGAUUUAAUAGUAAAAACCACUAAGCUUCAAUCUGAAAGCCAAAAAUUAGAAAUAAGAGCACAAGUUGCAGAUGCCUUCUUAUCCAAGUUCCAACUGACUUCUGAUGAAAUGAUUCUUCUCCGAGGUACAAGAGAAGGACCCAUUACUGAGGAUUUUUUCAAGGCACUGGGAAGAGUAAAACAGAUUCAUAACGAUGUCAAAGUUCUCUUGCGUACAAAUCAACAAACGGCAGGUUUAGAAAUUAUGGAACAGAUGGCCUUACUUCAAGAAACGUCCUAUGAAAGACUUUACCGAUGGGCUCAAAGUGAAUGUAGAGCAUUGACACAAGAAUCAUGUGACGUAUCUGCAGUAUUGACACAGGCAAUGGAAGCCCUGCAGGACAGACCUGUCUUAUAUAAGUAUACCUUAGAUGAAUUUGGAACAGCCAGGAGAAGUACAGUAGUGCGUGGAUUUAUUGAUGCGCUCACGAGAGGGGGCCCUGGAGGUACACCCAGGCCAAUUGAAAUGCACUCUCAUGACCCUUUGAGGUAUGUGGGAGAUAUGUUGGCUUGGCUCCAUCAAGCUACUGCUUCUGAAAAGGAACACCUCGAAGCUCUCUUAAAGCAUGUCACUGCACAAGGUGUUGAAGAGAAUGUUCAGGAAGUUGUUGGGCAUAUCACUGAAGGUGUGUGCAGGCCUCUAAAGGUUCGAAUUGAGCAAGUAAUAGUUGCUGAACCUGGGGCAGUUUUAUUGUAUAAAAUUUCUAAUCUCCUCAAAUUUUAUCACCAUACAAUCAGUGGCAUUGUUGGAAAUAGUGCAACUACAUUAUUGACCACCAUUGAAGAAAUGCAUUUGCUAAGCAAAAAAAUAUUCUUCAAUAACUUGAGUCUUCAUGCAAGUAAAUUAAUGGACAAGGUUGAACUCCCACCACCUGAUCUUGGACCAAGUUCUGCGCUAAAUCAGACACUCAUGUUGCUGCGUGAAGUUUUGGCAUCUCACGAUUCUUCAGUGGUACCAUUGGAUGCACGUCAAGCUGAUUUUGUGCAGGUUUUAUCAUGUGUCUUGGAUCCUCUCCUACAGAUGUGUACUGUAUCAGCCAGCAACUUAGGCACAGCUGACAUGGCCACUUUCAUGGUCAAUUCACUAUAUAUGAUGAAGACAACAUUAGCUCUAUUUGAAUUCACGGACAGACGUCUGGAAAUGCUACAAUUUCAGAUCGAAGCACAUUUGGACACACUUAUAAAUGAGCAAGCCUCUUACGUUUUAACUAGGGUGGGCUUGAGUAACAUCUAUAACACUGUGCAGCAACACAAACCAGAACACGGCUCUUUAGCUAAUAUGCCAAACCUAGAUUCUGUGACACUGAAGGCUGCAAUGGUUCAGUUUGAUCGUUACCUGUCAGCCCCGGACAACCUAUUAAUGCCACAGCUGAACUUUCUUCUAAGUGCCACAGUGAAAGAGCAGAUCAUAAAACAGUCCACAGAAUUAGUCUGCAGAGCCUAUGGUGAAGUGUAUGCAGCUGUGAUGAAUCCAAUCAAUGAAUACAAAGAUCCAGAGAACAUUCUUCACAGAUCGCCGCAGCAAGUGCAGACACUUCUUUCCUGAUUAUCUUAUUUCAUUGUGUUUGCAAAAUAGGGCCUUUCUAAAACACUGAAGAUUAUUUUUUAUUCUUUGAAGUUUUACUUUAAAAUUUGAUAGUUACAGUUUUCUUUGUAUCAUAAGAUUGUGAGUCUUGAUAAUAUUUUUUUAUCUCAGUAACAUGGAAGUAAGUAACAUGUUUACCUGAGUUUGUAUUGCUGUGUGUCUAUUCUAAAUAUGAGAUGCUCUAUUUUUUUGUUAGCCAUCUCUCCAGCUCUGCAGUUUCCCCUGUAUUCAGGAAGCAUAAGGUAGUAUGAAAGGUUUGAAGAAUGUUUUUUUUACAAGACUAGUUCUAAAUUAACAGCAUAUAAAAAUUCUGUCUAAAUUAAGAAUUAGUAUAAGGAUAUGACCUAAUAAAUGCCUCCUUACCUAAAGAUUCAUUUGCUUUCUUAUUAAUAUGAGUAGGCAUACUUAGUAGCAUCUGAACCUAGCCUAUGUCUCUGUCCCCAAAAUAGCUACCCUUAAAGAGUUGUUAGAAGAGAGAAAAAUAACAGAGAAUUAUGCUCCUGGGAUAUAUGGCAGUGAAUCUCAUUUCUGUUCUACUUUAGCAUACUGUAUAUAUUUGACUGCAUACAUUUUUAUGCAAUUUUAAAUAUACACUCAGCAAUGAUGAGAAAGAAAGGAGAGCGAAAAGUAAUUUAAAUAGGGUGGAUUCCACUCUGUGGGAGCCCUUGAUGGAACUCAAGGUGGAGCUCAGCCUUUCCAAUGAGUUCUAGGUGUGGAGACAGCCUGAGCUGUGUCUAAGUCUGCUGUUUGAAGAUAGGUAUUUGUCAUACAGUACGGGUCCCAAAUCCAACCAACUGCAAAUUUUAUCUGGUGUUCAAGCUAAAGAAACAGUGGCCGGCCGCGGUGGCUCACGCCUGUAAUCCCAGCACUUUGAGAGGCCAAGGCGGGUGGAUCACGAGGUCAAGAGAUCGAUACCAUCCUGGUCAACAUGGUGAAACCCUGUCUCUACUAAAAAUACAAAAAAUUAGCUGGGCACGGUGGUGUGUGCCUGUAAUCCCAGCUACUCAGGAGGCUGAGGCAGGAGAAUUUGCCUGAACCCAGGAGGCGGAGGUUGCGGUGAGCCGAGAUCGUGCCAUUGCACUCCAGCCUGGGUAACAAGAGCGAAACUCCGUCUCAAAAAAAAAAAAAAAAAAAAGAAAGAAACAAUGAUCUGUUCAAACACUGGAGGAAAAAAACUACCAGAGGAGGAGUUGCCAGUGGGCAGUGUGUCUUAUCUCCAUGGUGUAACUGGACUCUGACUUCAGACCAUUACCUAUUAGGAAGAUUCAAAAUGACUGUAUUUUUAAAGGGAUAAAUCCCAAUGUGCCUGAUUUGACAUUCUUAUCAGCGGAAAAAAGCUUAAUUUCUAGUAUAUCUAUAAAAAGGAGUAAGUCCCUAAAUUACAAGUGAGAAAACUGAAGCACAAGGAAAAAAAUAACUGGUUUGAAAUAUUUUGAAAAGUAAUAGCAUAAAACUAAUAUUUGUAGAAAAUUAUGUUGUAUAUAACAAAUUAGUAUUUAUAUGGCCUAUUUGAAGUUUAUACUUGUUUAUAACUAAUACAAUUCUUUUUGGAGUCAGAAUGAUUAUGUAAUCAUUACCCAUUUAGGUAUAAAUCUGUAUUUUUAGUCGUUUCCCUUCAAUGAGUAUGUGUUAUAUAUAAAAGACAGAAAAUAAAGUAUAAAUCAAGAACUUAAA